CCACACAACACGCGACUGCAUCAAGCCCAGGACUACGAAUGCGCAGCGCCCAAAGCCUGGCAACGAUCUGACGCACAACUGAUGGCUCGUUCGAAGCUGAAAGCUGAACUUGCUUGGAACCAAGUCAAGUCCCUCAAUGUUGGAGAGCUUUUGAAGAAAGUCAAGACGCUGGCCACUCAAUUGGCUGAACUGAACCAAGACCAAAUCAGCCUAGACACGUUGAGGCCACUUGCUGCACAAUUUGCUACUGGCGAAUUGCUUCAGCAUAAGAAUAAGGGCGUGACAGCCUAUGCGGCAUGCUGCGUGGCGGACAUUCUACGCCUCAGCGCGCCCGACGCGCCAUUCUCGCAAACUCAGCUGAAGCCCGUCUUUGAAUGUUUCAUCAAACAGCUGAAAGGCUUACAUGACCCCGAAGGCCCCUACUACCCUCAAUACUACUACUUGCUGGAGAGUCUCGCCACAGUUGAAAGCAUUGUUCUCGUGUGCGAUUUGCCGGAGAAGAGCGAAGCUCUCGUCGCCGACUUCUUCGAGGCGCUUUUUGCCACGAUCCGCGAGGACCAGCGUAAAAACACAGAGGCUCACAUGAUCAGUAUUAUGUCGCAACUAGUCAACGAGGCUCCGAUAGUGCCAGAGAGCGUCAUCACACUUUUGCUCGACCAGUUCCGACAGUCAGAAGUAUCUAAGAAAAGAACAUUUUCAAAAGCGCGGGCCAGUCGCGAAGUUGCCGCUGCAGUCAUGAAUAAUUGCGCCGACAGGUUGCAGCGCAAUGUGUGCCAGCAUUUCACCGAGGUCAUUUGCGAAGCAGCCAAGCGAGAAAAUGACGCCGACAACAAGAUUGAAAGUUUACAUCGAGUGCACGAUCUCGUGCUCGAGCUGUUUAGAUUCGCACCGACUACUUUACAGAAUGUCAUCCCGCAGCUUGAAAGCGAGCUGAACGUCGAAAAUACUGAGUGUCGAAUCGUGGCCACAGCUACUAUCAAUGCAAUGCUCUCGAGCCUAAACGGAAUGCUCGUACUGACGCAGUAUCCGUCAACAUUCAAGUCUUGGACGAGCCGGCGGAAUGAUAAAUCUGCUCAAGUCAGGACAACAUGGGUUAAGGGAGUAGGCCAAAUUCUACACAGUGCACCAGGAGCCUCUCGAAUCACUGAAGUGGAAAAGGUAUGCAUUGAUGGCUUGAUGACAAAAUUCAUCGAUCUUGAUGAGAAGGUACGCAGCGCUGCUUGUGAGGUCGUUGGAGAGAUGCCUUACAGCGUUGCCAAAGAAAGACUCACCGCUGCUGUAUUGGCUCAAUUUGCUAUACGAUGCCGGGAUAAGAAGCAUGCUACGCAAGCUGUCGGCUUCUCCACUAUCUCUAAGCUUCUCCACUCAGCACUACCUGAUAUCGCUGGUGGGAGCAGGCUAGCUAAGGACAAGUUCGGACCACUGGUCAAUGAUCUACUCCAUUGCAUGUACAUCAACGAUCUGGAAGUCAGCGCGAUGCUGGAAGAAGGACUCCUGGACUCGGUUCUAGAUGUGGUCAACGAUGACGAUCAUUCAAGGUGCCUCCGCCUCAUGGAAAUGGUUUCCCUGGCCGACGAUAGGGCACGGAAAGCACUUUUCGUUAUUAUCGGCACCAGGCAGUUGCGCAACAGCCAGCUGUUGUUCAAGUAUAUUCAGAUAUGCGACAAAUACAAUGGCGGCGUGAUGGAGAAAAAUCGAGAACAGAUACUCAUGCUUCAAAGUCAAGUGCACAACGCUCUUGCUGCUCAAUUCGCGGAUUCGCAUGCUGCUGCAGAGGACUUGCUGCAAUUUGCAAGACUCAACGACCGGAGAUACUACAAGUUGAUUCAUGUGUGCAUUGACCCCAGCAGUGACCAUCGAGCCAUCUGCAAGGCCUAUUGCGAGUUCAAAUCGCGAAUCGGCAAAACCUCGAGCCGCAUGGCAGCUACAAUGAUAACAAUUCUACGGAGGUCGGCGUUCCUUGUCUUGAACCGCAGUAUCAUGCCUGGCAUCUACACGGCUGCUACGAGCAGAGCUUCGUAUCACGCUCUGGCCGCACAAGAAUUGCUGAAAGUGAUCACAAAUUCGCACUCGAGCAUUUAUCGUGCAUACCUUGAACCAAUCAUCGAAGACAUCAAGGCUGAGGGCGUGUCAACGGCACUGGACAAUCUCAGAGCUUUUGCCAAAUUCGCUCGAUCGAAUGAAGAUGCGCUUCCGGAGGACCCUGAUUUUGCCAAAGUAUUGAAGCGCAUUGUGUUGGAAGGACCAGUUGCACACGUGAAGCAGGCGGUCACUAUUCUAUGCAGUAUGCAGUCGAGAGAUGUGGUGGCAAUAGACUUGAGCCAGAUCAUCAUGUCCAACCUAGUGUAUGGCGAAGACAAUCUUUUGCAGUCGCUGUCUGCUCUUGCACAGCUGAGUCUAAUGGCAGCGCAGCCAAUCGAGAAGUGGGCCAAUGACAUCAGUGCUUUCUGCUUGAAGGAGUUGCUGCUCAAAUCUAGAACUCAGGUCGACGACGAUGCUGACCAGGAAUGGGUUGGCGAUGACGCUCUGGAGGACGAGUGCAAGGCCAAGUGCUUGGCUAUCAAAAUUUUGGGCAAUAGACUACGAGCGUUCAAUGCAGCUGAGACAGCUGCGGAGAUCGCUCGUCCAGUAUUCAAAGCUCUGCGCUCUAUUGUGGACAACGCUGGAGAGGUUGUGCCAGACAGCAAUACGCCUCGUCACCAUCGGUCGCGCAUCAGACUUGAGGCAGCGAGGAUGAUCAUCAAGCUUGCCCAAUUUCCUGUCUACGAAAAGUUGCUUGGAGCUCGCGAUUUCAACUCAUUUGCCCUUUUUGCGCAAGACCUGGAGUACCAUGUCCGCACCGCCUUCUUGAACCGACUACAAAAAUCGCUCGUGGCAGGCAAGUUGUCUCCGCGCUUCCAUGUGAUUCUCUUUCUCGCAGCACACGACCCGGAUGUGGCUUUGCAGCAUCAGGCGACGCAAUGGGCAAAAAACAUCGCCCAUAACCACCGCAAUCAAGAGUAUCUCAUGGAGUCCAUGUUGCCACGCUUAGUUCAUCUGCUGGCUCAUCACCCCGAUUUCGCUGUUGACGACCGUGAUGACAGCGACUUGCUCAAUUUUGCCGUUUAUUUCAGCUUUUACUUUGAUGCCAUUGUGACGGAGGAGAGUCUGACGCUUGUUUACCAUUAUGCACAGAGGCUCAAACAAGUGGCCGAUGCCAUCAGUGAAGACAACUCCGAGGUCGGUACACUAUUUCUUAGUGAUGUUGCUAACUUGCAGGGUCUACAUAUCCUAUCUGACGUGGCUGAGGCGGUUUUCGCGGCAAAAGCUGAGCACAACAGUUGGCCACUGCAUGCGUAUCCAAAGAAGCUCAAGCUCCCUACUGACUUGUUCUGUGCUCUGCGCAGUACAGUCGAAGCUGCCAAAACACAGACCAAUUCUUUUAUCAGCGGGGAACUUCGUGAUGCUAUUCGCAACAAAGUAGCUCGCCUGACACGGCCGCGCAUGGCAACGAGUUCCCAUCAAACUGCUACUCUGUCAUCGCCAGCCAAGGUCGCAAAGAUCAACAAGCGUAGCACACAAGUGGAGGCGAAAACAGAAGCCAAGGUAUCAAAGCGGCACAAGCCUGCCCUGCCAGGUACUCUGGCUGCUUCAGCAGGGCGUCGAACGAGCGGUCGAGUCAAGGCUUCCGUCGCGUAUGCAGAAAGCGAUCGCAAAGAGAGCGACUUGCUCAGCGCCGCGUCUGAUUGAGAUAGCGGACGAGGUAUGAAUAACAGCAAGUCCUUUUCCUAUCUCCCGGGCUACUCAUGGCAUUGCUAGAUUUCUCUCACAUACCAAAUACUCGGCUUACGUAAAUUUCGC